UUUUCGUAUCAGUGGGGUAUUUAACUGCUCGAAACUAGAGUAUUUGAUCACUCAGCGAUCAUCAUGUUAUGGACUGCUUUUCUUCUUCUUCUUCUUCUUGGACUCACCCUGUUAUUUGUGUACACAAGGCGUGUGAGACGAAGAAAUGAACCUCCUCUUGAUAAUGGAAUAAUCCCGUGGCUUGGUCAUGCACUUGAGUUUGGAAAAGACAGUGCUAAAUUUUUAACACGGAUGAAGCAGAAACACGGAGACAUUUUUACAGUGUGUGCGGCCGGACACUACAUCACUGUUCUUCUGGACUCAAACUGCUAUGAUGCUGUCCUGUCAGAUACAGUCUCCCUUGACAUGACUGCCUACAGUCAGCUUCUAAUGAAGAGAAUCUUCAAUCUGCAUCUGCCCAAUCACAACCCAGCAUCAGAGAGGAGGAGAGUAGAAAUGCAUUUCCAGGGAACUGGUCUGAUCCAGCUCUGCAGCUCAAUGAAAAACAACAUUCACUUGCUCAUGACCUCUUCAGAAAUAGGCCUGAAUAAAUGGAAAAAAGAAGGACUCUUCCAUUUUUGUUACAGCUUGCUCUUCAAGGCUGGCUAUCUCACUGUGUUUGGCACAGAGAAGUAUGACAGUGCAGAGCUCACAAAAAUUUAUAAGGAGUUUCGUCGAUUUGACAAGCUUUUGCCUAAACUGGCAAGACGUAGCACAAACAAAGAGGAGAACAAAGUUGCAAAUUCAGCACGUGAAAAGCUGUGGGAACUGUUAACUCCGUCAUGUUUGGACAGAAAGGAUAAACAACAGUCAUGGUUGCAGAGUUUCAUACAGCACCUUCAGGUGGAAGGCCUAGAUGCUGAGACUCAGAGAAGAGCAAUGCUACUCCAACUAUGGCUCACACAGGGAAACGCUGGCCCAGCGGCGUUCUGGGUACUAGGCUUCAUGCUCACCCACCCUGAAGCUCUGAGUUCAGUAAGAGAGGAAAUCAGAGAUGUACAGCACCUCCCCCUGGAAGAGAGAGAGAAACACACACCAGUCUUUGAUAGUGUUCUUAGUGAGACACUGCGUCUUACUGCAGCUGCUCUCAUGACUAGAGAAGUGGUGCAAGACAUGAAGGUUCGUUUAAACAACAGGCAAGAAUACCAGCUCAGACGAGGCGACCGAUUGUGUGUAUUCCCCUUCCUCAGCCCUCAAAUGGACCCACAGAUCCACCAAGAGCCAGAGAAGUUCAAGUUUGACCGCUUCCUCAAUGCAGAUGGGACAGAGAUGAAAGACUUCAUUAAGGAAGGAGUAAGGGUGAAGUAUCCCACCAUGCCCUGGGGGACAAAAGGCAACAUGUGUCCAGGACGCCAUUUUGCAGUUAGUGCAAUUAAAGAGUUUGUAUUCAUGGUCUUGACUCGAUUUGACCUGGAACUGUGUGACAAGAAUGUGACUGUGCCAUUGGUAGACACCAGCGGAUACGGCUUUGGCAUGUUACAACCAAGGGAAGAUCUAGAGAUCCGUUAUAGAAGAAGGACUUGACAGCAAUAGCAUGCCAAAUCUGAUUAGAACUGUACAGAUAACAAUAACAAAUUUUGGUUUUCAACAAAUGUCUUAUGUAUAUAUUGUUUUUAAAAUGUUAAAUAUCUUGGUUAUUUAUUGCAAUAUAACUAUUGAAUUUUUUUAUGUUUUGUAGUUUAUUGUCUCUCACAAUCUAAUAGUAGUUUAGGUUUGCUUUUCUGAUAAUAUGCAAAAGAGAUAUUAAAAGAGAAAUAGCACAGUUUUCUUUACUUCUUGUCAGCUUUUUUAAUGUUUGGUUUGAGGUCUAAUUGACCCAAAGGUCCCUUUAAUAUGUCAAAAAACGAAAUGACUUUCACUGAUCUAAUGAGAAUAGAUUGUCAACAGAAUUCCAGCUUGAUACAUGCUUCAUAUGUUUCCCAGAAAAACAAAAAAACAUUACUUGUUUAGACUCUCAGAGAUACCAGGUAAAAAACAUAAAUAAAUGCAAUGAAUUUUAACAUGAUAACAAUCUCUGACUGGCAUACACACUCUGGAAGUACACUCCUGACAACUGUCUAUUUAGAUUUGUUUACUAGAUUUUUCUACAAUGUUUUGUUGCCAGACAGAAGCAAGUCACUGUAUUGAUUAAUAGUCACCUUUCUGAAAAGUGCAUGCAUAUGUUGUAAUAAUAGAGGGUUAAAGAUUUGAUGAUAUAGUACCUGUCUACUUGGUUUUGAUUAGCUCAGAGUAACAGUAAAAUAAUAUAAAUGGAAAAAAAGAAAUUCAUUCUGAAGUUACUAUUCUUAUUUUUACACAUGCAUCAUCGGGUCUUUAUAGGACCUCAAACAUAUACUGUAGAGUGUAUAGUCAAUCUAAAAAAUGGCACAAGGUUUAAUCUGUUACCCCUUUUUUCCCCUACUGUAAACCCUAAUGCUCAAAAUAAUUCAUUGUUUUGAGUAGGGAAAAAUUAAAUCAUACAAAUUAGUUCAAAUAAAUUAACCUUGAUGAGAA